GCGUAGCAUGUCCCCUUGGCCCGGUCCGUGCAUUCGCCGGCGCCGAUUAUCCGAGUCUUCCCGAGCUCAAAAAAAUGCAAAGGAGGCAUUAUUUUCCCCCCCCAGCUCCGCCGCGGGACCAAAAGGAAAAAAAAAAGUCACUCAAAACACCAAAAGCUUUCCCUUUCUUUCUCCUUCCUCACUCCACCACCUGUUAAUCUCCCCUCAGUCUUUUUCGUCUGAUCCCAUAACCCGUCAUUCACAAUGGCUGCCUCUACCGGUUCCGCAAAGGUCGACGCCGUCGUCCAGAACAUCAAGGCUGAGACCCCCGAGAAGAAGUCUGGUCUUGCUCUUUACUCCCGAUUCGCCCUUGCCGGUGCUGUCUGCUGUUCCGUCACCCACGGUGGUCUCACUCCCGUCGAUGUCGUCAAGACCCGUAUCCAGCUCGACCCCGCUACCUACAACCGCGGUCUCGUCGGUGGUUUCCGCCAGGUUGUCCAGAAUGAGGGUGCUGGUGCUCUCCUCACUGGUGUCGGCCCUACCUUCGCCGGUUACUUCCUCCAGGGUGCUCUGAAGUUCGGUGGUUACGAGUUCUUCAAGCAGCAGUGGAUUGACGCUCUCGGCUACGAGACCGCCUCCAAGAACCGAACUGCUGUCUACCUUGCCUCUUCCGCCACCGCUGAGUUCUUCGCCGAUAUCGCUCUCUGCCCUCUUGAGGCCACCCGUAUCCGUCUCGUCUCUGAGCCCACCUACGCCAGCGGUCUCGUCUCUGGCUUCGGUAAGAUUGUCAAGAACGAGGGUGUCGGUGCUCUCUACGCCGGUUUCGGUCCCAUUCUCUUCAAGCAGAUUCCUUACACCAUGGCCAAGUUCGUCGUCUACGAGAAGGUCUCUGAGGCUGUCUUCCGCAAGUUCCCCAAGAAGGACCUCUCCGACGGUAUGCAGACCGUUGCCAACCUUGGCUCUGGUCUGAUUGCCGGUUUUGCCGCCGCCAUUGUCUCUCAGCCCGCCGACACCAUGCUUUCCAAGAUCAACAAGACCCAGGGUCUCCCCGGUGAGGGCACUGUCUCUCGUCUCAUCAAGAUCGGCAAGGAGCUCGGUCUCCGUGGCUCUUACUCCGGUAUCGGUGCCCGUCUCUUCAUGGUCGGUACCCUCACCGCCGGUCAGUUCGCCAUCUACGGUGAUCUCAAGAAGGCCAUGGGAGCCACAGGAGGUGUAGAGAUCGCUGCUUAAACGCGUUUAAACACAUUUCGAACGAUUCGGGGAGCGGGAGAGGUGAUAUGAGAAGUCUGGGGAGCGUGGCCCAAGUAUUGCCCAAGAGCUGGGCCUACUUGUAACAACAGCUGCUGUUAAUGCCAAACACAGCUUAGCAGGAGCUCAUGGAUGACGUCCAGAUUUGCUCUCGCUGUCUGGGAAACAAAAAAGUGAUCUUUUGGUGGAGGGGGGAUGCUCGUGUUAGACUCAUGUUUGCCUAUGAUACCUUUCCGCAUUAAUGGGCAGCAGACGGGUGGUACCCCGCCGAAGGGUUGUAUAAUAGUCUCUUUUUACGCUGAAAUCAUAGACUGGGAGUUUGUGGACUCUUAUAUCUA